GAAGUCGUCUCUGUGGUUUUACAAGCCUUUUUUUUAAUCUCCAGGAUAGUUAUCCAGUCACGGGAGAAAGAGAACUCCGAUCCGGAUUACAUUCCCAUCAACAGCCGCUUUAAAUGCGUACAAGAGGCAGAAGAAACUCUACUGAUUGAUAUAGCUACAAACACAGGCUGUAAGGUCCGGAUACAAGGUGAUGAGACAGCAGAGCGGCUCUUUGAAAUCCCCGAUGAGGAGCGUUGCUUAGGAUUCCUUUCAGAAGUGCAGAGCAUACAGGAAGCCCACCUGAAAGCUUCUCUUCCUGAACCAAAGGACUCGGCCAGCUGGCAUCAGGUGGAGAAGAACCUCCCAUGUCUAUCGCAGGCCUCUUCUUCGGGAGCUCUGGAGUUUGAGGAUGACUUCAACACUCUAAACCUAGAAGAGAAAAGAAAUGCGCAAAACCACCAAACAGGAUCUCGCCGGGAACCUCCACCUCCUCCUGUGCCUCAAAAUAGGCAAUCUCACCGAGAGAGAGAAGGUACAUCAAGAGACCAGCCAAAAGUGACUAACACUAUGCGCAAAAUGUUUUUACCCAGCACCCAGUCGGGACAAAGAGAAGGCCUCAUCAAACACGUGCUUGCCAAGAGAGAGAAGGCGUACGUCAACCUUCACAACUUCAGAUUUUUUGUGGGAACGUGGAAUGUGAACGGGCAGUCUCCAGACAGCAGCUUGGAGCCCUGGCUGGUGUGCGACACAGAGCCUCCAGACUUCUAUUGCAUCGGGUUCCAGGAGCUGGACCUCAGCACCGAGGUUUUUUUCUACUUUGAUUCUGCAAAGGAGCAAGAAUGGCUGGCUGCGGUGGAGAAGUCCCUGCACCCUCAGGCUAAGUAUAAGAAAGUGCAAAUGGUCCGUCUAGUUGGGAUGAUGUUGCUCAUAUUUGCUAAGAAGGAUCAUCUGAGCAACAUCAGAGAGAUCACGACGGAGUCUGUGGGCACGGGAAUCAUGGGAAAGAUGGGCAACAAGGGCGGUGUGGCGGUGAGGUUCGUGUUCCACAACACGACCUUCUGCGUUGUCAAUUCCCACCUCGCUGCUCACGUGGAGGACUUCGAGCGGAGAAAUCAGGAUUAUAAGGAUAUCUGUGCUCGGAUGAGUUUUGUAACCCCUGAUGAUAGUCUACCUCAGCUCAACAUCAUGAAACACGAUGUUGUCAUCUGGCUAGGAGACUUGAACUACAGGCUUUGUCUCCCUGAUGCCAAUGAAGUGAAAAGUCUUAUCAGUAAGAAUGAACUUCAGAAAUUGCUGAUGUACGACCAGCUGAAUAUUCAGCGCACUCAUAAGAAAGCAUUUGCAGAUUUCACCGAGGGAGAGAUUAAAUUCAUCCCCACAUAUAAAUAUGACUCUAAAACAGAUCGCUGGGACUCCAGUGGAAAGUGUCGUGUGCCAGCGUGGUGCGAUCGAAUCCUUUGGAGAGGGGGGAACAUAAACCAGCUCCGGUAUUGCAGUCAUAUGGAACUGAAGACUAGCGACCACAAGCCAGUCAGCUCGCUUUUCCGCAUUGGGGUGAAGGUUGUGGAUGAGCAGAAGUAUCGGAAGUUGUUUGAAGAUAUCGUUCGUAUAAUGGACAGAAUGGAGAAUGACUUUCUUCCUUCGCUGGAGCUCAGCAGGAGAGAAUUUGAGUUUGAGAAUGUGAAGUUCCGUCAGCUGCAGAAGCAGAAGUUCCAGAUCACCAAUAACGGGCAGGUCACCUGUCACUUCUCCUUCAUCCCAAAGCUCAACGAUAGCCACUACUGUAAGCCAUGGCUUCGGGCCGAGCCGUGCGAAGGUUACUUGGAGCCAGAUGAGAGCACGGACAUCUCCCUGGAUGUGUACGUCAGUAAGGACUCAGUAACCCUUCUGAACUCUGGCGAGGAUAAAAUUGAGGAUAUUCUUGUCCUUCACUUGGACCGAGGGAAGGACUAUUUCCUUACCAUCAGUGGGACUUACCUGCCCAGCUGCUUUGGCACCUCCCUGGAGGCCUUAUGCCGAAUGAGACGACCGAUUCGAGAAGUUCCAGUCACCAAACUCAUUGACCUG